UUCGUUCGCAUCUUCGCGCAUGAACAAAACAGCAACAAGAGCUUGACGAGAGCAAAAUCGCAAAGAUGGUUUCUUGGGGGACAAUCCAAUCCCUCGUCCUCUUCCUCGGACCCCUCAUCCUCCCCAAAGCAAUAGCCUUCUACCGCAGCAUCAAGAACCGGCCCUCCAAUGCCUCUUCAAUCAAGCCCUUAUCCUCCAGCGCUUCAAUCGCACUCGGAAUCCUCUUCUUAUCUGGCCUCGUAGCUUUCCUCUCUACUCUCCCCAUCUUCGCUCCAGAGAACAUUUUCCGCCUUACACAAAGUCGUCUCCACACUUCUGGCGGAGUUCUGUUAACUCGAUUGGGAGCUUUACGACCUGUUACGGAAACUGAUCAAAAGCUCCGCGAAGUUUUCGAUGCCGGAGGAUUGGAGGCGAGGUUAUUGUAUGUGAGAUAUGGACCGAAUGUUUUGAUUGAGAAUACAUUGGGUCAAGUUGGGGAGAUUGAUAUGGGGAGGAAUUUCUUUCUUUAUGCGCUGCCGGGACUAUUAGGACCGCAUCUGGCGCAUCUUUUCGCGUUGGGGAUCGCGACGAGUGGGACGUGGUGUGGAACGGAGGGAGCGAAAUGGAGAACUAUUGCUGUGAUUUUGGGAUUGGUUGUUGCGGUGUUGGAAGUGUAUUUUGUGGUGAAUUAUGAUGAUGCGAGGAAUUUGAGGAGUGUGAGGUUUAAUGAUGUGGAUUUUUUGUUUUGGAAGAUGAGGGUUUGGAGGGGGAUUGGGGUUGCGGCGGUUGAUGCUGGGUUGGGGUGGUGUGUUUGGGCGCAGGCUACGGGGAGGGCGUGGGAUGGUGUGGGGUCGGCGGGGGAGAGGUUGAGGGAUCAGGUGAAGGUUUUGGAGGGGACGCUGUUUAAGGCGAGGGGGGUGGGGGUUAUUAGGAAUGGGGUUGUGAGGGAUGCGGGGUUGAGGAGGAGGGUGGAUGAUUAUUGGAUGAAGGAAGGGGAGGUGAUGAAGGAUGUUAUUGAGCAGCCGGAGGUGUUGGAGGCGCAGAGGAAUGCGUUGAAGAGGAUGAAUGCUGCGGGCACGGCGCAGGAGGCGGAAGCAUUUAUUAAUGUUCUGCUUGAUGGCCCGUCGCCUCCGCAGCUGCCUGUUGGGAGAUACUGAAGUUGAUAGGUUGUAUGAGUAGUAUGUAACAACUGCUAUUUUCGG